GAAAGGGAGGAGAAAGAGGGAGGAGUGUUCAUGGAUCUGACGCAGUGUGAGGGGCCGCCUCACAUCCACUCCCCGCUCCCAGGAAGACACAGAGCGGCUCGGAAAGCCCCCAGAAUCACGGCGCUAUACCCGGGGAGAGACCUCCAGAGACCCGGGGGGAGACCUGCAGAUACCCGGGGAGAGAGCUCCUAAAACCCGGGGGGAGAGCGCCUAAAACCCGGGGAGAGAGCUCCAGAGGACGGCGCGUUGUUGUUGCGAUGAGGCCGCCGCAGGAGGACUCUGGUCUGGGAUUAAACCCGGAUGUGUAGCCGCCUGGCUGGGUCUCAUUGUGCACCGAGUGUCGCAGGAGCAGAGGAUGCCUCCGCGGCCGCGCUCACUGCUCCUGCUGCCGCCCGAAAGCUGCCUCGGCCCCCCCCAGGAAGUCUCUUUUGUCUCCGCUGUGGCGGAGGCUCGGCUGCGGAUUUGUGAAGCACUCUGUGCACCAUGCUGCCAUGAAAACUCUCCAUGAUAACAAACAGCAGGAGGAGGCGGCGGCGCUGGAGGGGGGCGGGGCUGCCGGCGCCAUGGAGGACAAGGAGAACGACCUGAAGACGGCGCGGUUGUGGCGGGACGCGGCGCUGCGGUCCCGGAAGCUGCGGAGCAACUUACGGCAGCUCACGCUCUGCUCCAAGGACAACGAGGUCGUCUUCCCGGAGGACAUCGCAGAGAUAGAGGUGCUGAACCUGGGCAACAACGCCCUGCAGACGCUGCCAGACGUGCUGGGCUCGAGCCUCAACAACCUGCGCAUCCUGGUGCUGCGCCGCAACAAGUUCACCGCCGUCCCCCGCGGCGUCUUCCAGCUGGGACAGCUGCUGGAGCUGGACAUGAGCCACAACUGCCUCCGGAGCGUCGCCGACGGCGUGGGGCAGCUGAAGAUGCUGAAGAAGCUGAGCGUCAGCCACAACCGGAUCCAGUCUCUGCCGGCUCAGAUCGGAGCGCUCCAGUCCCUGGAGGAACUGGACGUGAGCUUCAACGACCUGCGAGACUUCCCCCGCUCGUUCAGCGGCCUCGCCAAGCUGCGGACGCUGGACGCCGACCACAACAAGCUCAACGCCUUCCCCCCCGAGAUCCUGGCGCUCGGCGAGCUGGAGGAACUCGACUGCUCCGGGAACAAGUUCGAGACGCUGCCGCCGGACAUCGUGAAGCUGCGCAGCCUCAAGAUCCUGUGGCUCAGCAGCCUGCACAUGUCCACGCUGCCGGACGCCUUCUGUCUCCUGACGCAGCUGGAGAGCCUCAUGCUGGACGGGAACGAGCUCGCCGCGCUGCCCGCCGCCUUCACGCAGCUCCAGAGGCUCAAGAUGCUCAACCUGUCCUCCAACGAGUUUGAAAUCUUCCCCGAGGCUAUUCUCGGCAUCGGGGGGUUGGAGGAGAUUUACCUCAGCAGGAAUAAGCUGACUCACGUCCCAGAGGAGGUGGGGAAGCUGCGGAAGCUCGCCAACCUCUGGCUGGACAACAACCGCAUCACCUAUCUGCCCGACGCCAUCGUGCAGCUGGACAGGUUGGAGGAACUCGUCCUGCAGGGGAACCAAAUCGCCAUUCUCCCGGAUAACUUUGGGAAGCUGUGCCGGGUGAGCAUCUGGAAGGUGAAGGACAACCCUCUGAUCCAGCCGCCCUACGAGGUGUGCAUGAAGGGCAUCCCGUACAUCGCCGCGUACCAGAAGGAGCUGGCGCACUCGCAGCUCGCCGUCAAGCCGCGCCUCAAACUGGUCCUGAUGGGGACGCAGAACGCCGGGAAGACCCGGCUCCGGCAGAGUCUGGUGGGCGCUCAGACGGACGUCAAAGACUCGCCGGGAAGCGACGGAAUCGAAGUGACGGACUGGGUGGCGGACGCAGAUCGCCGCCUCACGUUCCUCGUGUACGAUUUGUCCGGGAAACAAAACUAUGAGCUCAUCCAACCGUUCUUCCUCUCCCCCGGCGCUCUCUACGUGCUCGUCAUCAAUCUGAAGGCAUACGCGCCCGGGAGGUUCUACGCCCACGCCGGGUAUUUCCUCCACCUGCUGGGCGCCAGGGUCCCCGGCGCGGUGGUGUGCGUGGUGGGAACGCACGCCGACCUGUGCAGCCCGGUGGAGGUGGAGGAGAAGAGUCUGGACAUCCACCGGCGGAUCGGCCUGCAGGAGCGCAGCGACGUGCAGACGCUGGGGAGCGAGGCGCUGCAGGUGGAGCGGGCGCUGCAGCAGGGGUACGACGGGCGCUCCUCCAGCCCGCACCAGCUCUUCUACGGAGUCUCGGACCCAAACCUGCGGCGCAGGAAGUCCCAGCUGCAGUUCCUGCUGAACCAGCGGCUGCAGAUCCUGUCGCCGGUGCUGUGUGUCAGCUGCAGCCGCGGCCAGACGGGCGUCCAGCGUCUCAGGGAUAAGCUGACGGCGGUCGCCGACCACCGGGACAUCUUCCCAAACCUGCACCGCGUGCUGCCCCGGUCCUGGCAGGUGUUGGAGGAGCUGCACGCCAACCCGGCGGGGGGGGGGGCCUGGCUGUCGUGGUGGGACUCGGCCCGGCUGGGCCUGCAGGCGGGGCUCACCGAGGACCGGCUCCACGCCGCCCUGUCCUACCUGCACCAGACCGGGACGCUGCUCUACUUCGAGGACAGCCCCACGCUGAGAGAGUACGUCUUCCACAACCUGCCGCGCUUCAUCGCCGUCCUCAACGUCUUCUUCCAGAGAGACGCGUCCACGCUGGUGCGCCGCCUGCUGGCCGAGGGACGCAGGGGCGACGGCGGCCACGGGGGGGUGUUGACGGAGGACGAGAAGGGGGCGGAGCUUGGGGAGACGCAGCUGCGGCACCACGUGGACGGGUUCCUGCAGCACGGCCUGCUGCCCUCCAACGUGAUUGGCCUGCUGCUGCGCCCCCUCGUCCAAUCACAGCCGGACUUGCAGGUCGUCAUGGAGCUGCUGGAGAAGAUGGGCGUCUGCUACGCCGUCAACAAGCCGCGCAGCAAGCCGCUCAACGGCGCCACCGCCAGUCCCACGGCGUGGUACAAGUUCCCCAGCUACGUCAGCAGCGAGGAUGCGGCGGCGGUGUCCGCGGCGUGUAGCGGCGGCGGCGGG